UUGCACUCCCUUCCACACCACACAACCCAGUCUUAUUUUCUCCCUGGUCUCCAGAAAACCCGAAUAUUAAUUCUGUAUUCCUUUAAUUGUUUGAGGUCUACAAACCCCAACUAAAUGAAUGCUCCCUGAGAGCAGAGCCUUAUCUGGUUCCUCACUCUAUCCUCAGAACCCAGCCUGUGCCCGCACUAAAUAGGCACUUAAUAAAUGUUUGUUGAGUGAACAAGUGAUUGAAUGAAAGUCAGCUCCAGCCCUUACUUAGACUCAAUGACCAGUUUUGUUCACAUGUCUUCCCUCCUCUCUAUGUUAGGCAGCCAUAUCUAGGAGCUUGUAUUAGUCUCUUAGGGCUGUUGUAACAAGCAAAUUUAUUGUCUCACAGUUCUGGAGGCUAGACGUUUGAAAUGAAGGUGUCAGCAGGGCCGUGCUCCUCGGAAACCUAUGGGGGAGGAUUCGUUCUUGCUUUUUCCAGCUUCUGAUGGCCCCAGGUGUUCGCUCAUCCCGUGGCUGGUGGCACCCUUUGUCUUCACGUGGCCCUUUUCUCCCUGUGUCUCUGUCUUCACACGGCAUUCUCCUCUCCGAAUCUCUUCUGCUCUUCUUUUAAGGACACCGAUCAGACUGGACUAGGGCCCCCAAUGACCUCAUCUUAACUACAUCUGCAAAGACCCUAUUUUAAAAUAAGGUCUCAUUCGCAGGUGUGAACUCGCAUUCACAUUCACUGGGGAUCAGGGCUUUAACGUACCUUUGAGGGGAUAGAAUUCAACCUAUAACAGAGGUGAUCCACGGAACAGAAACAGGUUUUAGGCAACCUAGGCUGGAGAUGGGGCAGGACACGUGAAGGCAGCUGUAAGUGCAGGAGACGCGCACUGGCUGCUCAUCCACAAACGACGUUUCAGGGUGAGCUCUCCCGGCACCAAAAGGCUUGUAGGGGACAACACUUCAACUUCAAGAGUUUCUACAGCAGUCGUUUCUAUCCCCACUUGGCCUUUUUCCAGGCUGUAAACACCCCAUUUCCAGGCCCUCCGAGAAGCACCUUAUCUCACUGCAUUUGGGCUCCUGAGAAGUAUAAAACUUCAGGGGCUAUUGUGAGCCUUGCCCUGCUUUCCCUUGUUUGACAUCUGGCUUGUGAGGUAGGUCCUAUUAUUCACGGAAUUUUACGUGAGAAACUAAGCUUCAGACAGGCUAGAGAGCAAGCUCGCAGCUUCUUCAUUCCAGAUGCGAGAUUUAUAACCAGCUCCAACUCUAGAGACAUUUCCAGGAAACCCAGAGGUACAGUUUCAUCAGCUCUAUAUGACUCAAGAGGGCAGAACUGUGAUGCAUGAGUGGAAGUUACAAGGAGAGACAACAAUUUGGGCUAAAUUUCAGGGAAAACAAUCUCUAAUACUUAGACUUCUGAUUCUUCAAUACUUAGAAUUAAUGUUCUUUUCUGACUCGGCUCCUUUUGCCACUAGAGGUUUGCAGGCAGUGGCCGGUCUAGAUUCUCCAUGCCCUUCGCAAGCUCACUCUACUCUUAAGGGGGACUUUGAACUCUCUGCUCUAUUCUCAUAUGAACUCUUCACACGCAAAUGUGUUUUUCUGAGAAGAGGGGCACUAACUUCUCUGAGCCUGGGAGAUGGAAGACCAGGAGGCUCCCUUAUCAGCAAGGAGGUGGAGUAUGGCAGCACACAGCAGGGGGAAGAACCCGCUGAUGGUGGCACAUCUCUGGGUUAGCAUUCUCUCUGCCCAGCUCUUGCUGUUCAGCGGUGGAGAUUUCUGCCCCGCUGCUGGUCCUGUGGCUGACACUGUCUUCCCGAACGCCACUUCUCCGUGUUGAAGAAUUGCACCAGCCCUGCGUCUCCCCCCUGCAUCUGGCCAAUAUCCAUGCACCGUGACCUCUGGCCUCCAACAGGAAGGUGUUGGAAACCAGCCUUAUUCCUUCCGGAGCUUUGAAAUAAACUUUCGGCUGUUAUUCCUGGAGCAACUGCGCUUCCCGGGGACGCUCCACCCUGCCACGAUCUGCCCGAACUAGGGAGCAAUUUUAUUUUGUAGGGAGCAGCGACUGAGUCACCGAUUAUGCCGACUCUAGCAGUCCGCUGCCCUUCUUUCCUCAGUCUAUUCUAGAUACAUCUUCUUUCUGGAAGGUCAGAAGUGCGCAUGUGGGUGGGGGGGUGGCGAGAGGUUCCCAGAAAGUGCCAUUGGAGUCCAAGCAGCAGGAAAAAACGCUGGCAAUUACACGAGCUCACAUCGUCUCCAGACUCUCCCACAGUCAUCGUCUCGUUCGACCCUCACAACCACCUAAGUGACGGAUGAGUUUCUGGGCUUCAGGUCUCAUCUUCCCCACCUUUAGGAAUGAAAGCACUGAGACUCAGAGAGGUCAGGGGACUUCCUCGCCCAAGGUCCCGUCGCUAGGAUGGACAGGCGUGAGGAGAGGCGGGACCAGAACCCGGGACUUCAAGGCCAUCUCUCAUGCACUGCGGCUCUCAAAAGAGGAAGAAUUUGGAGGCUGCAGCCCUGAGCUCUUUUUCUCGGGCCUUCACGCACUCACCCGCUACUGCAACGUCAAGCUCCACGAGGGCAGAGGGCAAAUGCGCCCUCCGCUCGGCCCGGGCAGGGCACCUAGCGGGCGCCCCCGAACGCUCCGCUGGGCCGGCCCUGGAAGCCGACUGGGCUCUCCUGGCGCAGGGAGGCGCCCGGGGCUGGCGGGCAGCGAGGCUGAGCGCGGAGGUCGGGCGCCGCGGACGGGAACCGGCACCGCGGCGCGGCGGGGGAGGGCGCCGCCUUAGGGACCCGGGCGCCGGCCGCGCUCCAGCCGCGUCGCCCUGCGCAGGCGCGGCGCCGGCUCCGCCCCCGAGUAGGGACCUACCGCGGGCGCGGCGGCGGCGGCGGCGGCCUGCGGCGGGCGGUGCGGCGCCGCUUCCCAGGACCGGACCGCUGGGCCGCCUCGCCCCGAACGCGCCGGCGGGACCCUCGGCGGGGCCUCGGGGCUGCGGAGCCGCCGGCCCGGCCUCCUCUGCCCGCCCCCGGCGUUUUAAAUGAUGCCUCUCCUGGGAGGAUUUCUACCGGUCGGCUCCGAGCAGGAAGUGUCGUCAGGAGGCCAUUUUUAAAGCCUCCUGCGGGCCUCGGAGUGUUGCCUGGAAUAUCAGAGAAUUGGAAACAACUAUAUUUUGGGAUUAUGUACCUACUCUGGUGGCAUAUAAGAAAAGAUAAUUGUCUGCUCCCAGGAAGUAGCUGCUUCUCUCCUAAUCACAAAGUAUAUUGAAGGAUGCCUCCUAAGGAUCGUAUCAUUUGAAAUCUUUCUGCAUUUCAAUGGACUCUUCUUAGAAAUGCAAAUAAAGAAGAUGAAGGAUAUUGGACAGCAAUUAUAUACUCCACAAGUGAAUGAUGGACCUAAUUCCUUGACCAUGUCACCCAAACAACCUAAUGCUAACAGAGCAACUCGACCAGAUAGACAGGAAGCUCAGACUCUUUUGUAUCAAGGCUCAGAGGCAGAGGCUGCCAUGAUGACCAUUGCUACAUGUGUAAAAUGCAAAAGUGUUCACAAAAUCCCUCUUCAGGAUUUGAAAAAGGGUACUGGGCAAAGCCAGAAGGAAGACAGAUACGUUUGCUUCAAAUGCAACCUGGGCGUGGCUCCUCCCCAAUUUCAUUUUGUGAACAGUAAUCCCAGUGCUGCCCAUGUAGGAAAUAAAACUGAAACCAUCGCCAGUUCCGUCAGUAACAAAUUUAAGGUAAGGAACUUUAAGCCAGGCAAAUACUAUUGUGAUAAAUGUCGAUUUUCCACCAAGGACCCUCUGCAGUACAAAAAGCACACGCUUCAACAUGAGGAGAUUAAGUUCAUCUGUUCUCACUGCAGCUACAUUUCCUACACAAAAGGAGAGUUUCAGAGGCACUUGGUGAAACAUACAGGCAUAUUCCCCUAUCAGUGUGAGUACUGUGACUACGGUGCUAUUAGAAAUGAUUAUAUUGUCAAACACAGGAAGAGAGUACACGAGAGGGCUGGCGGAAAACGGCCGCCCAGAACUGUGGCCAAGCUGGAGCCCAAGAGAAUCAGCACAUCCAAACAAAACCCAGAGCUCGGAAAAGCUUCCCACCCAAGGACUACCUUCCAAAAUAAGUUGUCAGAUCAACUCUCAAGGUUCUCCCUCCACGCAAACAGAGACAAAAUGCACCACAUCAUGUUGUUACCUGAAUCAAGGGAAUACCAAAAAGAUGUGGUGUGUGUUCCAAAUAAAGCGCCCCUGUCGGAGCCAAACGAAGUCAGUCUGUUUGAGAACAGGAGUGUGGAGGUGGAAGUGUUGUCCCCCUCGCAGGAGCCCGUACAGCCAGGAAUGCCACUGACAGUUGUGGCCCCAGCGGAGCUUGUCGUCCCUGCAAACUGUUUAGCCCAGCUGAUAGAUGUGAAAGUUGUCAAUGGAACACAGCAGCUCGUCCUGAAGCUCUUUCCUCUGGAAGAAAAUAAUUGCCUUGAACCUGGUGGGCCCGAUGGAGGUAACUCUGAGCAUAUGACUAAAAAGGGUCCAAAUGAACGGGAGAAAAUGGUUUCUGUGGAACAAACAAAGUCACUAAUGAUUGAGGGGAGUGUCGGAAAACUUGCAGGCAUUGAUAAUCUUCAAUCAUCGGCUCAGAAGCAACUUAAAAAUGUGAAAUGGGUAAGCUCUUAUGACUUCUUCAUGUCAAAUUCUGGUGUGCACAACUAUGGAGAGUCCCUUCUCAGCUCUAAGACUGUGGAGAAUUUGCAGAAAAAAAGUAACAUGUAUCCACAUAGAACUCCGCUUCCUUCUCUUGCCUUAAAAGGUCAUUCUCCAUCAUCUGUAGCAAAAAACAGUGUUUUAUGUGGUCUUGGAACUGCACCAAACCCGUUUCCAUACAAAGCUGCAGUUUCUUUUACCGAAGAUGGAAGAAAUGUGCACAGUGACUCACAGCAUCUAUUUCCUCCUGCUGCAUCGCCUGCAGCCAUUUCUUUCUCUGGAGAAAAGAAUUUAUUGCCCAUGAGUAAAACUGACUUGGAAUCUAGAAGCGAGAUCAGUAUUCCUGUAAAAAUGGUUCCGUCUAAUAGGAGGUUGAAAGACAGCCAGACAGAGGAACAGAAGGCAGUUUCAAACAUAGGCCAGCUGUCCUCUCCACAUAAAAGUGAGUAUUUACACAUAAACAUAACAGGAGAAGACAGAACCAGGUCUCAACAGCCUGGGGAUAAACCUUUGGAACUAAAGAAUUCUGAAAGGACUAAUGACUCUUUUGAAGGCCCAAUCAUCUCUUCAGUAUUUUCUCUGAGCUCUGGAUCUGAAAAUGUCCCUGAGGGCGUUAAGUGGAAUAGUUCAACAUCCAAAAUAAAGUCAAUUGAACUCUUGCGCAGAAAGAUAGCUCAGUUAAUUGAAUCCUGUGGCAAGCCUUCAUCUUUGGCUGCAAAUAGUAUGCAUCGUCGUUCUGCAGGGCAGACAUCAAAGGUAACUUCGAAAGCUAACCCUGAAGAUAUUCAAGACAUUAAUGUGUCAUUUAGUGGCACUGACUAUUCCACAGACACUCUCCAAAAACCUCAGAAUGACUGUGGCCUUAAUGGACAACUUGCUCAUCAGCAAAUAUAUCCACAGUUUGUAGAAGGCAGCAAUGGGGAAACUGAAAGCAGAGUAGCCAGGAAGGCUCACGUUGCUACUCCAGUCCUGAUCCCCAAAGGGGCUGUCUUGAGGGUUCUUAAUUCCUCAGAGGAUGCCCACAUCAUCGAGGCUACCUGUGAAGCACCUGUCAGCAUCCCCUGCAGUAAGACACAGUUAACAAAACCUCUUCCGUUCUGCCCAGUGAAACAGACACACUCAGACUUACAGCCUUUGACAAGUGAAAGUGGGCCAAUUGACAUGUCCCAAAAUCUUGACACAUCUGUUCGGCCUAAACCAAGAAAAGAGAGUGCUACUUGCAGCACCACCCCUAGAAAACUCGGCCCCCUGCACAGACCACCAGGAAGCAGUGAAUUGAGCAAGCACGGGAAACUGCUUUCCAGAAGUCUUCCUAUAAGUAAAAAUAAAACCAAACAAGUAAACUCAUCCAAGAAGAGAAGCAAAAUUCAGGCUGAUCCCAGCCGCUGUCUCAAGGAUCCUUCCAUUUUUCAGGUGGCAAGACAACUUCGACUGAUAGCAGCCAAACCAGACCAGUUGAUUAAAUGCCCCCGGCGGAACCAGCCUGUCAUUGUGUUAAACCACCCUGACGUUGACUCGCCGGAAGUGACCAAUGUGAUGAAGGUAAUAAACAAGUACAAAGGCAACGUCCUCAAAGUUGUCUUGUCUGAGAGGACUAGGUGUCAGUUAGGCAUCAGACGGCAUCAUGUUCGGCUGACCUACCAGAACGCGGAGGAAGCCAGUCAAAUAAAAAGGCAAAUGAUGUUGAAAAUGAAACUUAAAAAAGUUCAUAGAAACAACUACCAGGUGGUGGAUUCGUUGCCCGACGACUCGGCACAGUGUAUAUUUAAGUGCUGGUUCUGCGGACGGCUGUAUGAAGACCAGGAAGAGUGGAUGAGCCACGGCCAGCGGCAUUUGAUAGAAGCCACUAGAGACUGGGAUGUUCUUUCCUCCAAGGGCAAAUAAGUUAAAAAUUGGUCUUCGAAGCAAAUUGUUUUUCUUACUUUUAGUUAAUUCUGGUUUGGAUUUUUUUUUUUCCUCCCUGACUUAAUAGGAGAAACACAGGUUGUAGGAAUAGGAGGAUCGCUAAUCCCUCAGACCCCUUGAAGGAGUGUUGAGAGCCGGGAGUCUUGACCUGAGAGACUUGACUGGACGUGGAAGGUCUUCGAAGCUCCUGACAUAGUGCGCACAAAUUGAUGCACAUGCAUUUUCCUGGAGGGAAGAGGUGAAACUUUCAACAGAUUUCUAGUAGGAUCUGAGACUUUUCUUCGUUUAGCACCCUUUUUGUGAGUAGAUACAAGUCUUUUCUGUUCCAUGCAGAGGGCCAAGUUUAGAGAGUUUGACACAUGCUCUUCGUAUAGGAAAAUACUACUGAAGGAGUGAACCCAUGUCUUGGUGUGCACAUCCACUUUUUUUGUUUGUUUUGCAUUAACAUGUCACCUGAAUAUUUGGUACCUAAUGGAAAUUAUAUUUUCUACCUUAUUAGUUAACUUAAAUUUGGGGAUGGAGAAGUGGCCAUUCUCUUGGAUCCCUCGCUCACUCUGAGACUCGCACGCAUCAUCUAGAGCACAGAGAGUUGUGCGUUGGUCGGCCGUCAUAGAGAAUGAUUCCAAGGCUUUGCCUGAACGCACUGCUUCAGGUACAGCAGGUGUUAAGGGAAGAAAGAAAACAUUUUCGAGCUUUUGCUUUCUCUUUAAACAUCUUGAUUUAUGACAACUGGGGAGGGAAUGUGCCUUUUUGCAAAAAAGAGGCGGUCACAGAGGCAAAAUAGAUAAAAUUGAGUCUCCUGUUUGCCCUUAGCACCCUCGCAAAUAUGAAGUAAGUAACCAGUUUCCAGUGUGAACAAACAGGCUUCUCACAACAGACAGAAACCUUAGGAAGGCAGUUCAAGGGGAGACUGCGAAGGAAGUGGGGCAUCGGCGUGCCAGCCGUCCUCACUGGGAGCCGCCCUCGCCCCUCUGGGCCCGGACGCUGCUCCCAGGCCUGCUGAGCAGGCCCUCCUGCUCCGUGCCCUGCCUCUGCUCCCGCCCUGACCCUUUGUGCCCUUGAGGCCCCUUAGGUGUUCCCUCAUGAAAAUACUAAAACCAGAGACAGAAUCAACAAAGUGGGGACAUCCUCCAUCUCUGUUUAGGGUACAGGAACCCUGUCCCAGGGCUUCCUUGACGGUAGCCCUCUGCCCCUAAGUCCUCGGCCCGCCGAGCUCCCCGGUUGCCCGCCUUCCCUAGGCUGCCCCUCGGGGGAUGCUCCCGCUCCCCUGCGCCAGCGGCCGUCGGGGCUGCUGCUGCUCCGCGGCGCCUUCGGGCGCGGGAGGGCGAGCGGUCCCCGCGCCGGGCGCUGGGGGAGAGGCCCGGCCUCGGCUCCCGCGCAGCCCGGCGCCCCGCCUGCAGGCCGCGAUGGCGCAGCCACGGGCGCCCGGCUUCCUCUCUGGAAGGCUGCGCCUCCCUUGGGGAGGUGAUUAGUGCGCGAAGGAAGCUGGGGGCUGUCACGCUGGAAACAGACGGCAGCGCGAUUUCUAUUGUGUAGGGGAGUCCGUUGGAGACUUCCUGAUUUUCUUGCCCACCGUGGCAAAGUCUUAGGUUAUCCUCUGAUAGGUGGGAUCCUAAUUCUUCUUCGUAGUUGGUUCUCAUUACAGAUAAUCAGCAUUUGUUAUGUGUAAUUCCAUACAUGAUCGUUAAGUUGAUUAAUUGGUUAAUUUUUAUUGAAAUUUAAAACUUGGAUUUUUUUAUGUGUAUAUAUGUGUAUGUACACAUAAAUAUUUUUUACCAUAUGAAAACUGCAGUAGUCAAUUUUCUGAUUUCCUAUUUUAUAACGAAAUUACAUGGGCUGGAAAAAUAUAAAACUUUUUAUAUUCUAGAAAGAAAUUAUUUUGAAAGUACAUUUUUAUAAUGGUCUGGUCUCAUUUUUAGCAAAUGAAAGCACAGUAAGUGAUGGGUCUCAUUUAUAUGAACAAAUGGAGUAGAAACCCUGUGGAUCGUUUCAUUACAUAUUCAGUCCCAGUGCGUUUCUGGUUGGUGCUUUUGGGAAAUGGACCUUGGGUACCACUUCACUACGUAAAGGAGAGCCUUCUCAAGUUGUAUCCCUGUGUAGAUUUUACCCCUCCAGCAUGAAGGAAGGCUCCUAAGAUGUUGAGAAGAGGAGAAGAAAAGGCUGUGAUUUUUAUUUUUUUCUCCUCCUAUACCUCACUGCUUAGUAGCUUCUUUCCUGAAAGGGUAGACCAUGACCUUUCAGGGAAGAUGACCACGAAUCAGGCCAGAGUGUUAAGUGUCAACGUGAAAUAUUUACAUUUUGCAGCCUCAACUAUUUUUCAAGCAUUACCUAAAACUCAGCUUGUGUACUUGGAUGGAGCUAAAUUUUGUGAGUAGAAAAUGUAGCUCAGCUUUUGGAGAUUUUCAGAACUACAGUACUUUUUAAGGAAUUAAGAGGGCUCCUGAAAGUUGUAAAAAAAUGAAAAAGCAAAAAGUGACUGUCUCCCCUAUAUAAAGGACUUUAAAAAUGGCCUGUUAACAUGUAGAUGAAUGUCGUAAAGUGAGCAUGUCAUUUCUAACAAGACUGGAGAAGGUGGGGCAGAGCCGUGUUGAGUAUUGGUGAACUCCUUACUUUGUGAAGGACCUCUACUCACAAGAAUUUACUAAUAGGACUUCUAAAAUCAUUUUAAACUUAUUCUUUAAAGUAGAUUUUCUUUCGGGGAUCAGAAAUGAGAUGAUCUUGAUAUGACAGAGUGAAAAUUUUUUUUAAAUCACUCAAAGUAUACUCUACUCUAAUAGAUUAUAUUUUACUCAAAUUUUUAUCCCCAGCCCCAAACCUUUUGUGAGCCCCUGUAAUGGGCCAAGUGCUGUUUGUUGAAGUAAGCUGAACACAGUGUUAACCCUCACAGGCUCCGUCCGUCUUGCUUUAGGACGUACCUUGUGAGCCAUCCCAGACAAGGAAGACGUGAUGCUGCUCGGCCUUUGGAAGAACGUUUGAAUCUGUAAAUCAGUAUGAGCAGAAAACAAAACAUUGCGUAACGUGUUUUAAGCAUUAUUCUAAGUCCUGCGUUAACAGUUUGUGAGUCUGCUGCUCUGGUUUUGAAACACGUUUGUACGUAGAUAUAGAAGUUGGCGUACAUUUUGUUAAAUAAAGCAACUGUAAAAUGU